CGCUUCCUCAGGGCGGCCGGCCGGCCGCUCCAGAGCCCGAGCGGGUCACGUGAGUCCGCCGGGCCCAGAGAGGCGGCGGCGCGGACCGCGACCCCGAGGCCCGCCUCCCGGCACCAAAGAGGCGCAGGAAGGAGAGUCCGCCCGCCCGCCCUCCGGCUCCUCACACAGCCCCUCGCCGGUCUUCCAGCCUCCCAACGAGAAGAGAGAGAGAGCGUCCCCGGAAACCACCGAAACGCUGGGGUAGAGCGGCACACGUUCUUCCUCCUACCCGGCCCUUCUCGGGGGCCGUGCUCCAGCGUGGGAGGACAUUGGGCUCCCCCUCCGCCCCGGCGGCAGGCAGGAGCCGUGCGAGGCCGCCGUGGGGAGCUCGGCGGCGCCAGAUCGCGUUGACCCAGAGCUCUGAGAUUCCUCAGUACAAUGACUCAAGCAGAAAUUAAACUGUGUUCUUUGUUGCUGCAAGAGCAUUUUGGAGAGAUUGUAGAAAAAAUUGGAGUCCACCUAAUCAGAACUGGCAGCCAGCCACUGAGAGUUAUUGCCCAUGACACAGGGACAUCACUGGAUCAGGUAAAAAAGGCCCUUUGUGUCCUUAUUCAGCACAACCUGGUGAUACAUCGAGUGCACAAACGGGGUGUGGUGGAGUAUGAAGCCCAGUGCAGCCGGGUGUUGCGAAUGCUUAGGUAUCCCAGGUACAUCUAUACUGCCAAAACACUGUAUAGUGACACCGGAGAGCUGCUUGUCGAAGAGCUGCUGCUGAAUGGCAAGAUGACAAUGUCAGCUGUUGUGAAGAAAGUAGCAGACCGGCUCACAGAGACUAUGGAGGAUGGCAAGAACAUGGACUAUGCUGAGGUAUCCAACACAUUUGUGCGACUAGCAGACACACACUUUGUGCAGCGGUGCCCCGUGGUGCCUGCCACUGAGAAUUCAGACCCUGGGCCACCACCGCCUGCCCCUACUCUUGUCAUCAGUGAAAAGGACAUGUACCUGGUUCCUAAACUAAGCUUGAUAGGGAAAGGGAAAAGGAGGAGGUCGUCUGACGAGGAUGCUACUGGGGAGCCCAAGGCCAAGAGACCAAAGCACACCUCAGAUAACAAGGAGCCCAUUCCAGAUGAUGGGAUUUACUGGCAGGCCAACCUUGACAGAUUCCACCAGCAUUUCCGUGACCAAGCCAUUGUCAGUGCAGUUGCCAACAGGAUGGACCAGACUAGCAGCGAGAUCGUGCGGACCAUGCUCCGGAUGAGUGAGAUCACCACUUCCUCUAGUGCCCCCUUCACCCAGCCAUUGUCUUCCAAUGAGAUCUUCAGGUCCCUACCUGUUGGCUAUAACAUCUCUAAGCAGGUUCUUGAUCAGUAUCUCACUCUGCUGGCAGAUGAUCCACUAGAGUUUGUUGGAAAGUCUGGCGACAGCGGUGGAGGAAUGUAUGUCAUCAACCUACACAAGGCUCUAGGCUGCCUAUCCACCGCCAGCCUGGAGUCCGUGGUGCAGGAGAGAUUUGGGUCUCGCUGUGCCAGAAUAUUCCGUCUCGUUUUGCAAAAGAAACACCUGGAACAGAAGCAGGUAGAAGACUUUGCAAUGAUUCCAGCAAAAGAGGCAAAAGAUAUGCUUUAUAAGAUGCUCUCAGAAAAUUUCAUAUCACUCCAGGAAAUCCCCAAAACGCCAGACCAUGCCCCAUCCAGGACCUUCUAUUUAUAUACUGUGAACAUCCCGUCGGCUGCCCGAAUGUUGCUGCACAGGUGCUACAAGAGCGUAGCCAACUUGAUAGAAAGGAGGCAAUUUGAAACCAAAGAAAACAAGCGGCUACUAGAAAAGUCUCAGAGGGUAGAAGCCAUCAUUGCGUCCAUGCAGGCCACAGGUGCAGAGGAGGCCCAGCUGCAGGAGAUAGAGGAGAUGAUCACAGCCCCUGAGCGCCAGCAGCUGGAGACCCUGAAACGUAACGUCAACAAGUUGGAUGCCUGUGAGAUCCAGGUGGAUGAAACCAUCUUCCUGCUGGAGUCAUACAUCGAGAGCACCCUGAAGAGACAAUGACUCAGACAAUGACUCUUUUAAGAAGAGUCUCCCUUAAAAGAUCUGAGGGGAUUGGAAGGAAAAAUAAAGGAGGUGCCUGGA